AUGGCAAGGAAAGAGGUGCUUAGGGAGGGGGGAAAAGGAGGUGCUGAGAGAGGGGGGAAGGGAGGUGCUACAUCUCCUCCCUUCCCCACCUGCUUCUCAUCCUUUCCCCCCGGUGCUACCCCUCCUUUCCCCCCGGUGCUACCCCUCCUUUCCCUCCCUGCUUCUCCUCCUUUUCCCCCCUGCUUCUCCUCCUUUCCCCCCAGUGCUACCCCUCCUUCCCUGCUUCCCCCCAUCCCCUUCCCUGCUUUCCCCCAUCCCCUUCCCUGCUUCCCCCCAUCCCCUUCCCCGCUUCCCCCCAUCCCCUUCCCUGCUUCCCCCCAUCCCCUCCCCUUCUUCCCCCCAUCCCCUCCCCUGCUUCACCCCAUCCCCUUCCCUGCUUUUCCCCAUCCCCUUCCCUGCUUCCCCCCAUCCCCUUCCCUGCUUCCCCCCAUCCCCUUCCCUGCUUCCCCCCAUCCCCUUCCCUGCUUUCCCCCAUCCCCUCCCCUCCUUCCCCCCAUCCCCUCCCCUGCUUCCCCCCAUCCCCUUCCCUGCUUCCCCCCAUCCCCUUCCCUGCUUUUCCCCAUCCCCUCCCCUGCUUCCCCCCAUCCCCUUCCCUGCUCUCCCCCAUCCCCUCCCCUUCUUCCCCCCAUCCCCUCCCCUGCUUCCCCCCAUCCCCUUCCCUGCUUCCCCCCAUCCCCUUCCCUGCUUUUCCCCAUCCCCUCCCCUGCUUCCCCCCAUCCCCUUUCCUGCUUCCCCCCAUCCCCUGGCACCCGCACUCUCACUCUCCUUCCGCCUGCACUCUCUCUCUCUUCGUCCUCUCGCACUCGCACUCUCCUUCCCACCACCCUCAGCCCUCCUUCCCCCCACCCUCUGCCCUGUUGCCACCUGCCCUCCCCAUCCCUGCCUUUCCCUCCCUGCCCUGCGCUUCGCUUCCCCAUCCCUUCUCAACCCUUCCCUUCCUUUUCAUGCCCUCCCCUUCCCCCUCACUCCUCACCUUCCGCCCUUUAG